GCAUAGAUGCAAUAGAAAGCAGACGUGGGUAUGUUCAGGUUUGGCAGGCAAGACUUUAAGGGGUCUAUGGCUAGGGAGUGGAAGUGGGACGGGACUGACAGAUCAUCCCCCCAACAAGACGAGACACCGGCCUGUAUCUGUUUGCCAGGAUGGGUAAGAUGCAGGUGGUUGUUGCCAUGCCGACAGAGCUCAAUGAGGUGAAUUGUUUGUGGCAAGCCCUCGUGUAGUCUAGGUGGAUCUCAAAUUUUCCAUGAUAAUGGGCAUGAACUCCUGAUCCCGUUGCCCCUUUCACCCAUGUGAUAGGAUAAUAGGCAUGCACCAUGUGCCAAGUGUAUUUAUGUUCUUAAGAACAUGAGGGUGGGGGUGGUAACUACGGGACCCUAGGCGUUUAAGUCAUAGCAGCUAAUUAAAGAUCAGGAAGGCAGAAAUCCAGCUCCAAAAAUCAGCCUCCAUGCAGGGACAGAGAGAAUGUCAUUGAAAAGGAUAAGGCUGCCCCAUCUUCUCAUCCCUUCCCAGUCGUCCAUCAGAUGUCAAUAGACCCCAGUGAGCAGUCUUCAUCAAUAGGAGCCUUCAGAUCCUUGAAAAGUAAUCUAGACACGUGUUAUUAUAAGCCAUAUCCAGAGGUGUUCUCCACAGCAAGACAGUGGAAGACCAUAUUAAAUAUGUGAUAUUUAAACAUCAUUGUUGACAGGAUUUAGCCUUACCCCUAGGUAGACAGCUCUGAGUGUGUCUGGAAGGAUGUUUCCAGAGAGGUUUGACUGCGAAGAGAAUACCCACCAUAAAUAGGACUGGAGUACCAGUUGGGCACCAGCCUUCGCCACCCCUACCUGCUUCCUGUUCUAUCAAGUUAGGAGAGGGGGAGGAGUCACAGCUGGGAGUUACCGCACCCAUCUUAUCUUCCUCACUGUGAUGGACUCCAAUAUAUGAGCUGGAAUAAAUAAAUCCCUCAAUUUUUUUUUGGUCAGGUUAAUUGGUCAUACCAAUGAGAAAACUAUCAACUCGUCCAAAUAUGCAUCAUUUUCGUCAAUGAAGAACAAGGGAAACUAGAGGGUUUUCCCGGAGUUUUGUGACCCGACUAUAAAUCAGCGACCCCCUUAGGCAGGCUCAGACAACCUUUUCACAGGGGUCACCUAAGUCUGUUGGAAAACGCAGAUUUUACAUUAAGAUUCAUAACAGCAGCAAAAUUAGUUAUGAAGUAGGAACAGAAAUGAUUUUAUGGCUGGGGGGGGUCACCACAGCAUGAGGAACUCUGUUAAAGGGUCGCAGCGUUAGGAAGGUUGGGAACCAGUGAUAUAAACUGUCUUCCCCAGGCUUGUGUUUGAAACGCUUGGUCCCCAGCUGGUGGAAGCUUGAGACUGGGGGGCGGGGAACCAGGUCACUGUGGGCAAGCCCGUAGAAAUCUAUUCUCCCUGGUACGCCCCUCCCCACCUCCUGCUUCAUGGGUUCCCACUGUCAUAGUUUGUCAAGCAUCCAUGGGCUGGACCUCCUGAAAUUCUAAAGCAAACCAAAGUUGUUCUCAGCUCAAGCUGCUUCUGCAUUCGGUGAUCUGUGAACUGUAGAAGAGGCUUUUAGAUUGUAACUCUUCAUUCAAGACCAUCAGCCACUCUUUCUGCGUUUACGCUUCUUGGCGUAUGUCUGGCACAGAGAGACAACAAACGAAACAGGUACAGGCAAGGUCUUGCUCUGUUAGGGGUUUAGGGUCUUACUGAGUCAUGUCUACAGAUGACCAGACAGGGUCUUGUUAUAUUGUGUGUGUUUGAGUUUGUGCAAGGUUUUAGGGUGUGUGUGUGUGUGUGUGUGUGUGUGUGUUUAUGCAGUCUCCAUAUGUUGUGUGUAUGUUAGGGAAGUUAGGCUGGGCCUGCUAUCCUGCGUGUAGCAUGCUAGGCAGGAUUUCAGCAUGUUGUAUGUAUGUGGGAGGGGAUCAAGUGGGGUCUGGCUAUAGUGCGUGUCUACCUCCCAUGCAAAGGUAAUAAAGGAAUACACCACCACCUUCUGUCUCAGGUUAGGGGUUUGGACUCAGGACAGAGUCCACUGGGGAGCCACAGGGGGAUGUUAAGCCAGUGCUGUUUGGGCAACCACUCCAGACAGUAUGACAGAGUGAUCAGCUUGCAGAAAUGUGGGCCCUGACUAGGCAGUUCGGGGGACAGGUCUGUGUAAUUGUGGGGGAAGCAACUAAAUCUCUUUGAGAUUCUUAGCCUUAUCAUGCAUGAACUCUGAACUCUGAUGACCCAAAGCAUGCAAAGAACACUGGGAAAAGAAGUGUGUAAAUCCUUUCCAUUCCCAUCGGUACCACAAAAGCGAGCUGUCUUUGUUUUACAUAGUAACAUUGUAAAAUAUUGUCCUUCCAUUCCUGGCUGUGUUUAGCCUCAGGCUUUUUGCGCCUGCGCCUUGGCCCUCUAGGGGGAUGACCAGGAAGCUGCAGACGCUGGCAGUCUCCUAGCAACCAGGUCGCCUGGGACUAGAAUGAGCAUUCCGGCUGGCAGACACAAGGAGACAACAGGCACUAAAGCAAAGCUUCGCUUUCAAAGCCCUUUGGCAGGCGUGGAAAGAUGGCUCAUGCCCGGAUCUCCAUGUACAUGCCUCCCGACAUCGACCCCACGAAGGCUGCCAUUGCUUAUGGCUGUCGGGCCUUGCCCAAGCUUAAUGAAGAGCUGCGAUCAGAGACUCUCCUGACAAGGCAGAAAGCCCUAGUGGCUCUGUGUGACCUCAUGCACGAUCCUGAGUAUGUGUAUGAGGCCAUCAACAUAGGCUGCCUGGAGAGCCUGAAGGCCCUGCUGAAGGAUGAUGAUAACUUGGUGCGGAUAAAGACCACCGAGGUGCUGUACAUCAUGGCCACCCAUAACAUAGGCAGAACUGGCUUCUUAAAGCAUGGCGUCAUCAUAGCCCUGUCGUUCCUGCUGAAUGAUCACCAGACAGUCUGCAGGGAAAACCUACACCAGGCAUACAAACAUCUGGCGCAGCUGCCUGAAGGUGCCCGGGGCAUCGUCAACAGUGGCCUGAUCCCGUCACUAGUACAGAAGCUGCAGGUAGAGGAGGAACACAUUCAGGAGAUCAUCUUGGACACUCUGGCACCAUGCCUUCAGGAGGAUGCCACUGAGGCUCUAAAAAGCCAAGCUGUGCUCCGCUUUAAGGAGAAGCUCCUUAGUGGCAACCCCCAAAUCCGCAGCAAGGCUGCUCGGGCGCUCAUUGCCAUCAGCAUCCCUUUGGAGGGCAAGAACCAGGUGUGGGAAAACCAAGUCAUUCCUAUCCUGGUGGGUCUGCUGUCGGACACUGAGGAAGAGGUACAGGCUAAUGCGGCUGGGGCCCUGAUGCAUGCGACAGUGACCACUGAAGGGAAAUACGCAGCCCUGGACGCAGACGCCAUCACACCACUCCUGGAGCUGCUUUGUUCCACGUCCAUGGUCAAGGUGUGUCUGAACGCCACCAAAGCCCUCACCAUGCUGGCCGAGGCCCCCGAGGGCCGCAUGUUACUGCAGGUCCAUGUGCCCACCUUCCGUCUCCUCCAGAUGCAUAGAAAUGAGGCCAUAAAACGAGCAGCCCAAAUAGCCAUCAAAGUGAUUGAGUGGAAGCCAUGAUUUCCUUAUGGGCCAAACCCGAUAGGCGUUUCUAGGCCUGAAUAAAUGAGUUGAAUCUUC